AUGAAUGCUGAUGACUGCAAUGGACGCUCAUAUGUACCAGGCAGUGGAGGAGAGUCAGCAACAGAACAGGAUUUUUAUGGUGGGUUACAAGGCCCCUCUGUGAGUUCUCCAAACAGUCAUCAGUCCUCUCCGCACCGCUCCCUUAGUGCAAAUUCUAUCAAGGUUGAGUUGAACAGUGACGAUGAGGCAGCAGCUGCUCCAAAGCCAGAGACGAGAGAGUGCAUUGAGAAUGAUAACGGGAAGGAUGACAGCGGGGGCAUCAAGGAAGGAGGAAGUACAGACCACAGUGGGGCCAUAGGGGAGAGGGGGGGCAUUUACAGUGAGCUGGUCAGUCCCAAACCUGUUUCUCCAGGACCUAUCCGGCUGCCCAGCGGGAAGCUCCAGUGUGACGUGUGUGGAAUGAUCUGCAUUGGACCCAAUGUACUGAUGGUGCACAAGCGUAGCCACACAGGUGAGAGGCCGUUUCAGUGCAGUCAGUGUGGAGCUUCUUUCACCCAGAAGGGGAACCUGUUGCGCCAUAUCAAGCUGCACUCAGGAGAGAAGCCCUUCAAAUGCUCUGUAUGCAACUAUGCCUGCCGCCGGAGAGAUGCCCUGGCAGGACAUCUGCGCACACAUGCGGUGACCUCUCCAACAGUUGGUAAACCUUUUAAGUGCAGCUACUGUGGUCGCAGCUACAAGCAACAGAGCACAUUGGAGGAACAUCUUGAACGCUGUUACAGUUACCUGCAGAGUCUGGAUCACCGAACAGCAGUCAGCUCUCAGAAAACACAGGAGGAAUCUCCCAAUCCGGAGCCAAUGGCUAGGCCAGUGCUCCAACCAUCCAUUGAAAAACUCCCGUUUAUGGAUAGACAGGCAAAUAGUAUCACCAAACGCAAGAGGUCAACACCCCAGAAGUUUUUGGGUGAGAAGCACAUGCGCCUCAGCUUACCUGAAGCACCUUAUGAACUGUCGUCUGGCUCUGAGAAAGAAGGGGACCCUCUAAGAGCACAGCCAGCUGGGGACUCUGCUGGGUUGGUGGGGUUGGGUGCCAAGUACCCCCAGGGAGCCAGGGGUAAUGACUCCACAGACACAGAGAGCACCGCGGAAGACCAGAGCACAGGGGCGGCAGCCCCGACAAGUACCUCCAACAACCACCACCUCCACUACCCAACCCCGGCGCUAUCCCACGGUCGCCCCACCUCCAGCCCCAGCCAGGCCAAAGACUCAGACCCAGAGUGGGAGAGGGUAUGUCCUGUUCCCCUCAGCUUAGCAAAGAGGAGCCCUAGGUCACCUCCGUCUUCCAGGGAGACUGUGCAGGUGGUAGACAGGGAGGGCCGAGCUGUGCGCUCCUUUCACUGCCCACACUGUCGCACUCUCUUCCUGGACCACGUCUUGUUCACCAUCCACAUGGGCUGUCAUGGCUUCCGCCAGCCCUUUGAGUGCAACAUCUGUGGCCACCGCAGCCAGGACCGCUAUGAAUUCUCAUCUCACAUCAGCCGUGGGGAGCACCAGGUGGGCUGA